AUGGAGAGCUCCAUUCGGGAAGAAGAGAGCCAGUGCGGAGCGCUUGCCCAGGAGCAACGCCGGGUCUACGUGGGAACUGUCGAGGGCCGGGUCAUCAUCUUCAGCACCGAGAACGAUUUCUCAGUGCUUCGGUGGGUCCACCUCGAGGACGCCAGCCCGGUCACCUGCAUCGACGUGGCUCCUUGGGCCGAAGGUGUUGAAGUACCAGAUGGGGAAGAGCCGGGGCUCAUGGCGGUGGGCACGCAGGAGGGCGUUGCUCACAUCUACAGCCUCGCCAACCUUCGCUUGGCGGGCACCGUGAACAUCCCGAGAGCACUGCCAGAAGGUGAAAUGCAGCCUGGAUCUGGCCUUCGGCACAUGAGGAUGAUCCAGAUUGCGGCAGAUCCACUUCUUCCUGUGACGCUGCUGACCAUCGACAGCCAGUCCAGGCUUCGACUUUGGGGUCUCAAGGUCCAUGUCCAAUCGGGCCGCCUACAGCAGUUGAAACUCCUGCUUGAUGCCGGUCAGCUGCGAGAGAGCGCUUGCAUCCCUGCCGAGUGGUACAAUCGCCUCAAGCAGAAGCGCGACCAUGAGGCGAAGCUGCGGAAGAAGAAGCGUGAAGAGGAGAUGAAGGCUGCCAAGGCCAGAGCCGGAAAGGAUGAGACGGCAGAGCAGAACCCCGAGGCAGAGGCCCAAGAAAUGGAGGGCCAGAAUCUGGAUGAAGGCUCCCAAGGGGAGGGAGAAAACCUGGCUGCAGAAGCGCGUUGGACCAGCACCGAGUCUGUACGCAUCACAGCAUUUGCAGCCCUUCCGAGGGGUCCUGUGCAGCUGCCGAUCGACUGCCUGGACAACCAGCCCUUCGAAGGACCGACCACGUCGGCGACGGCUGUGGCUCAGGAGAAGAGCACGCCCUUCUUCCAAGCCAAGGCCGACAAGGCAGCUGAGAAGGAGCCGCCCUCGUCACUCUUCAUCACCCAGCCUCCAGGUGCAGCUCGCAUCCUCGGUAAGGCCGACGAGGAGGCUCCGGCAGAGGAGUUCUCCGGCAGUGACUCCGAUGGCGAUGCUGAUGAGAUUGUCACCCAGCGUUUCGCCGAAAUGCCAAGGCUGCCGUCUUCGGCACCCAAUGCGCUCAUGCUGGGUGACUCUGCCGCGGCAGAAUCUCUUCGAGCAGCAAAAGAAGCCGUAGCCGAGGAGCUGGGUGGCUCUAUUGGCGAUGGUGACUCACUGGUUUUCAUCGCUGAUUCCGGCGGCUGGCUGUGGUGUCUGGACAUCGCCGCCUCCCUUGCUGCUGCGUCCUCCCCGCCCGUGGCCGUGGCCUUGGAUGUCGCCAUGGUCGCGAAGGCACACGAGGAGAUGAUGAAAGAUCGUGGCGAAAAGCGGAACAAGAGGCCCAGGGGCACCACCGUGGAUCCCCGGAUCCAGGCCCAGGUGGCGAACAGCCCCGCCGCAACCGGCUUGCUCACAGGUCUCACUCAGAAGGAUGCCCGUGACGAGAUUGGGAUCCUUGUGGGCCUGCCGCCCAAGCAAAGACCGGAGGCCAUUCAGGUUGUGGGAGCUUGGCCUGCGCACGGCCAGGGCAUCUCCUCGCUGGUGAUCAGCGGCAGCCCGCCGGCCCUGGUCUCUGUGGAUUCGGCCAAAGAGGUCAAGGUUUGGUCGACGACCGGCGACAUCUGGGGCCACUUCUCCAUGCGGAAAGUCGACUCAAGACCUUUGCCCACUGCUGUCUGGCCGCCGCCCCAUGUCCUCGCCGUUCAGAUGUCGCUGAUCCGAAUCGCGAAGGGCCUCUGCCGACGCAUGGGCUUCUCUGUCUCCCAUGCAGAAGAGCUCCUGGCAGCGCAACAGCAGAGGGCGACGCCAAAGCGCUCGGCACAGCGGAGCCUCAAUGCCACCGAGCGGAGAGCACAGAUCGCUGCACGACGGGCCGCGAAGCAGCGCCAGGCCGCCGCAAAGGCCGCAGAGAUCGAAGCGGAGGUUUCCUUGGUCUCUCCGACAGGUGAGGACAACGGGUCUUCUGCACAGGACUCCGUGGAUGCAGGCAUCGAGGAGGAGCUUACCGUGUUAGCAACUGGAGGCCAAGCCCCUCAGCGGAAUGUGGAAGAGGUGAUGCCGCCGCCAGUGCCCGAAGGCGGCGCCUCAAAGCAAGAGAUUCAACAGCUUGGGGCAAUGGGCAACUAUUGCGAUUGCUGUGGCGUGAGGGCCAAGGGGCCGGAAGGUUUGCCACAGUAUGGCAGCGGAGGUACAGCCGAGUAUGGCUUCGCUGUAGCCAAGCAUGAUAGAGCUAAAAUGGAAGACGCGGUUGCAGUUCACAGCGAUGUUGCGGGACACACGUGCGUUGCUGUCUUCGACGGCCACGGUGGGGACAAGGCUGCCAAGCUCGCCCAGGAGCUUCUCCCAAAGCAGCUGGAUCAACAUCUGCGGCUUGCGAGCGACAAGAAGAAAGCUAUUGACGAUGCCUUCCAAGCAGUAGAGUCUUGUAUGAAACAAGAACUGGCUGACGAGGCCAGUUUGUCACCGUCGGGCACGUCCUCCGGGACAGUGGCAUGUGUAGCUCUUCUCCAAGAGAAGGAGCUUUUGUUUGUGAACCUCGGCGACUGCCGAGCGGUGAUCUGCGACGGUGCCAAGGUCGCAACCAAGACAGUGGAUCACUCACCUGAAAAAAACUCGGGAGAGAAGUACCGCCUGCAGCAGCUCGGAGUCUCGAUCGAUGGAGGCUAUGUGGAUGGUAAGGUCCAAGUCUCCCGGGCAUUCGGGGAUAUCGAGUGCAAGACUGGGGCCAAGAUCAGCGGGCUGAUUUGCAAGCCGGAGGUCACAGUGGUGGCGGUGAAAGAGAGCACAGAGUUUGUGGUGCUCGCCACGGAUGGCAUAUGGGAUGCGCUUCAAGAACAGACAGUCCUAACAACCGCUCGAAAGGUGCUGCGCGAAAGUCGGUCUUCAGAAGCUGCCGCGCAGGCAGUGUUGGAAUCUGCAGCAAAGGUUUCCAAAGCAGACAAUGAGGCAUCGGCAAAUCAACAUUUGAAGACCUUUGAAGAAAAGACAUGCGAUGCGGAAGCGGCGGAAGCGCCUGAGGAAGGUGCUGUGGAGGCUCCCGAAGCGGGCCCCGAUGCCAGGCCGGAAGAGGAGGAGGAUGAGGAGGAAGCGGACGUUACCCAGGUGAGAAGCGAUGCCGUCGGUCAAGGCACGCAACCGGGCGAGAGGAGAAGCCGCAGGGCAUUCACGCAACAGCAGAUGCGCGAGAUGAUCCGCAACCAUGCGUUUUCCUCUGGGUUCCAGAGCUACAAGCAGUUUGCCGCCCGACCGGUUCCGCAAGAUGACGACGAGAUGAGGCCUCGCCGUAACUCAAAGGAGCGGAACGAGCCGGUGCGCAAGCGGCAAGAGUUCUUCGGACGUAAGCCGGCCGUCUUCGGGGUGGAGCUUCUUACCGAUGCUGAGAAGGAGGCAUGGGAGGCUGGCGUAAAAGGUCUCGGCCAACGCUCUGCCUCGGAGGGUGCCCUCUUGCGCUACGCGCAGAAUCGUGUGGAGGACAUGACGCGAUCUGUGAAGAAGUCGCUGGGCGUGGACGUCACCCAAACCACGCGACGAAGGGGGGACAAGGGGAAAGGCGGCAACAACUGGAAGGUCCGACACACGACUUCCAAGGCGGCAUGGAAUUCAGAAGAAGGUGGGGAAACAACCGUCGUAUUGACACGUCUUCCGAAGACUCUGAAUGCAGAGAUUCUACUGGAUUUACUGGAUGAACUCUUCCCCUGCGCAUAUGACUACUUCUAUUUGCCCAUGGACAUGGACAAAUUCGAGAACCAGGGCUUAGCUUACAUUAAUUUUCGAGACCAUGAGACAGCUGUGCAAUGCCAGAACCACUUCGAGGGCACCGACGACUGGCAAGGACACACUUGCGAGCGCCCUUGCAAACCGGAGUGGUCCUCCAUCCAGGGCUAUGCUGCAAACAUUGAGCGGCAACAGAGAUCAGAUUGGGUCAGCGGCAACAUCCCCGAGGACUGCAAGCCUAUGGCCUUUGAUGAAAACGGAAUGCGUCUUCCAACUUUGGACAUUUUUCCUGCAGCCGAUACUGGAAAGGAUAGCAGGUCUUGGAGGACUGUGAGCUACAACAACAAAGAGGAGGGCAGCAAGUGGUGGAAGGACCAGUGGUAUGGUGGCAGUUCAUCUUCUGAACAAUAUGAUGGAAAGAACGGGAAAUCGCACGGAUGGUACGACACACGGCUUCCCUUUACAGACUUUCUGUGUGGCGUGUAG